GGAUCUGGUUGCCCGCAGUGCACUCUGUCGAUCUGGUGCUCGCACUUGUUCGCUCCCACUCUCUCAAACAAGCGCCAUCGAUCAUGGCUGAACCCGCCCCUGCCGACGCUCUGAUUGCUGCUGCUGCAGAGCCAACUGCCUCGAGCCCUGUUGCCGACACUGUGGCUCCCUCGGAGGUGAUCUGCCCUGCAGCGCGGCUGGAGAAGCAACGAGAUCAGACGAUCGACGACAGCGUGCCCCCAGCUUUCGAUCCCGUUCAUCAGCUCAAACAGAAGAUCCAAAGGCAAAUCGAGUUUUACUUUAGCGAUCGGAACCUGCUCUCAGAUCGAUUUAUGAGGGCAAAGAUCGAGGAGGCAGAGGGAGGAUGGGUGCCAAUCAGCCUCAUCAUGUCAUUCAAGCGCAUGGAGAGCCUGACCAACGAUGAAGGCCUCGUCGCUGAAGUCCUUGCCACUUGCACCGUCCUCGAGCUCAACAGCGACCAUCGCUCCGUCCGGCGUGUUGCCGAGUUUGUCGCGGAGGAAGCCAUGAAGAACUCAGUCAAUGCUUCGGUGUUUUUGCGCGGCCUGGACGGCAGUCUUGAUAAUCCCAUGGAAGAGAUCGAGAACUUGAUGUCGCAAUUCGGCCCGAUUGCCUUCAUUCGUCUGAUCCGCGAUGCAUCCAAGCGGUUCAAAGGCGCAGCUGUAGUUGAAUACCAGAACGAGGCUUCCGCCAAGGCGGCGAUUGGAUCCGAAAUUGCUUACAACCGCAAGCUAGUGGUGUCUGCUCAUGUACCUCGUGAAGAAACCCAGGCCCAGCGGCCCAAUGGUCAUGAACUCGAUUCCGUUAUUUACUUUGGCGAACUUGGCUCGCUCGUUCUUUCGGAAGAUAUCAAGGAUAUCCUUUCCCGAGCCGGAGCCUCAGUCCGAUCGGUGGUGUUCAACAUGGGUGACAAGUUUGCAUAUGCGGUAUUGGAGAGCCAAUCGUCAGCCUCAACAGCCGUCAAGGCGCUUGGCGGUCCUGGCCUGCUUCCGGCAGAGCAUGGCAUCGCCAACACGCAAGUCUUUGUCCGCGUGGCCAGCCAAGAAGAGCAUCAAAAUGCCAUCGACAACACCCACGAGCGAAAGCGAUGGUCUGAUGCAAAGAGACUGAACCGCAGCGGCGGAGGUGCUGGAAGAAAUCAGGGGCAGCAAAAAGAUGAGCAUGCCCUGACUCUGAUUGGAUUCGGCGACUUUGAUGUUAAGGAGGUCAAGCACGCAAUCAAAACCAGCUGUGGAUUCUCCCCUGGUUGGGUCUAUCGGCAUCCCGCAGGCGAGGCUCUGACGGUGCUGGUGCCUGUUGACCAAGUUGAAGCGGUCAAAAGUGCUCUCCUUACUACGGCGAGCGCCCCGGAUGGGAGCAUUCGAGAUGCAACAAGCGAUGAGGCGGAACAGUGUCGAGCUAGUCGCACCACGGUCCUCUCCAAACCCCACGAUAAUGGUACCAGAAGCUCCUUCGGGCGCUCCUCGCAUGCCUCCUCCGUAAAGCGGAAGAGGGACGGCGAGCACACAUUUGGCAACCACGCCAAGUCGGGGCGGCGUCGGGAGGACUAGACCAGGGGCUGACGUC